AUGACUUCAUUGGAAUCGAUGUAUGGUAUUGGCGGUAUGACUUCAGAACUUAGUCCAGGUUUAGAUUGCCCUCAGAAUGCUAUCUACCUACCUGUCCAACUGAUUCCAUCCGGUGAAAUUGGAUCUAAACUGAUUAAAAAUGCCAUCUGCCUGUUUGAAUGGAAAGCAGGCCCAUAUGGUGGUCCAGUAAGACGACAUUUUGAAUUCUCUACAGACACUAGCAGAGUAGAGAAUCAAAAUACGCCAGGGAAUCCAGAUCAGAAUUCAUCAAAGAAAUCAAAGCAUACUAAUUUUGGUUUUGGUACUGUUAGCCACUCACUUGUUCUACGAAGUAUAUCAAGUUUAUACAAUUAUGAUUAUUUAUUCGAUAUAAUCUUUUAUCCAACAGGAACGCUUGAAUUCUCUGUUACACCGACAGGUUUUAUCCAUGUUGAUGAACAACUGGUGUAUGGAGGUAGUAGUAGUCCAGAGGCGGUAAAAUAUGGUUUCGCCUCAUCAAUUAAUCCAAUCUACUUUGUUAUUCAUCAUCACUUAUUUCACUUUAAAAUUGAUGUAGAUAUUGUCAAUAGUCAGAAUUUUAUAAAAGUUAUUUCAAUUCACGGAUCAUUGACAGAUAAUAAUAAUAAUAAUAAUCAAACUACUCUGCAUACUACUGAUAUACAUAACAGUAAUAACUAUUCAAGUCAACUAAAUAAUUCAGAAUUAUUAUGGAUGUCUAUAGAUAUACCAAAAAAUGAAUUAUCUGCAAGAUAUACGCCGAAAUUUGAAUUACCCAGACAAUAUUUAAUCUGUUCAAUGCAAAAUUCAACACUGCAGAGUGCAGUGAAUAAAACAAAAAAUGAUCAGUGUUUAAUGAUUAUGAAUAAAGGACAAAUUAAAACAAUUUUUAAUGAUGAACAUACAAAAUCAUUUGCAUGGUCAAGGCAUCAACUUUAUGUUACACAACAACAUGAUAAUGAAUCAUUUGCAUCAUCAAUUUUCAAUGGAGUCGAUUUAACCUCACCAGUUGUUGAUUUUACAAAGUUCAGUUCAAAUAAUGAAUCGAUAUUCAAUGAAGAUCUUGUAUUAUGGUUAACAGUUGGUAAUUAUCAUAUACCAAGACACGAGGAUUUACCGAAUACAGUGACCAGUGGUGGACCAAUGUCAAUAUUUUUAAUGCCGCACAAUCUGUUCACCUAUAGUCCAGAGGCUUUCAGUUGUCAUCGAUUUUAUACACAAGAGCUGGACGAAUGGAUUGAAGGACCCCAAAUGAAAGACAACUGUCAAAUGGCGUCGAUUCCAGUAGUCUAA